GCUGAAGUUUACCUUAGUCAACAGGAUCGUUCAAUUGCAGAAGGAUCGUUCGUUUGUCAACAUAUAGGACAAUUAUAGAAUUGGUCACUCGAAGAAUACCUUUUAAAAUCUGCAAGUUCUAUCAAUUUUAAAUUAAUUCGGUAAUUCUGUCUGAAAAAGGUGAAAUCUCUCAAUGCGGUGUAUCGGUUGACGGAUUUUUAUUAAAUUAUUGCAAUUUAGGGAGCAGUGUUGCAAAGGCUGCAACAUGACAGACUAUUUCCAAAUUUUCUGUAGCCUUGCAGUGGUGCUGCUUUCAAUCUACUACUACUACACUUCCACUUUUGAUUUCUGGAAGAAUCGUAAUGUUAAUGGUCCUAAUCCCACUUUCUUCUUUGGUAACUUGAAAGAGGUUGCUUUUAAGCAACUGUCAAUGACGGAAUGUUUGAAGAAAAUGUAUGAUCAAUUCAAGCAUGAACCAGUGUUUGGAAUAUAUCAAGGAAGAACACCAACUAUUGUUAUCACUGACCUAGAACUGAUCAAAAACGUUCUCAUCAGAGACUUUCCAAUAUUUGCAACACGAGGAUUAGGUUACUCUAAAAAGGUAGAACCACUGGAGGAGCAUCUCUUCUUCUUGGACGCUGAAAGAUGGCGAUCAUUGAGACCAAAAUUCUCACCAGCUUUCAGCACCGGGAAACUCAGAGAUAUGUUCCCUCUCAUAGCAAAAUGUGCAGAGAAUCUGGACAAAUACAUGGAAAAAGUUAUUGGAGAAGGUGGCCAAGUAGAAUGCCGUGAAUUAGCAGGCAAAUAUACCACUGAUGUGAUUGGUAACUGUAUCUUUGGAAUCGACAUAAGUACCCUUCCAAAUGAAGACAGUGAAUUCCGAGAAAUGGGCAGAAGAAUAUUUAAACCUUGUAAACAAAUGGUAAUUAGAGAUACGCUUAAACAGUUUCUACCUCGUUUAUACAAUUGGGUCGGCCAUGUACUUCAACCUGAAGGGGUCAUUCAAUUCUUUACAAGAGCUAUGUUGGAUACCUUGAAAUAUAGGAAAGAGAAUAACAUAUUCAGACCAGACUUCAUGAACGCGCUAUUAGACAUUCAGCAACAUCCUGAGAAAGCGCAGAGUCUUAAACUCACAGAUCAGUUGCUCGCAACUCAAGGAUUUGUGUUUUUUGUGGCUGGAUUUGAGAAUACAUCGUUGACUAUAUCUCAUGCUCUUUACGAAUUAGCUCAGCAUCAUGAAAUACAGGAUAAAUUGAGGGAAGAAAUUAGAGAUGAUUAUGAAAGGCAUGGUGAAACUUUAACGUACCAUCGAGUUAAUGAUAUGAGAUACUUGGACAAGGUAUUCAAAGAAACACUAAGGAAGUAUCCAGUACUGACAUCGUUAGCACGAGAAGUAUUGGAGAAUUAUACGUUUAAAGGUACGAAUGUUACCAUUCCAAAGGGGACGAAAGUGUGGUUACCAAUAUUUGCAAUCCAACGAGAUCCAGAUAUUUACCCAGAUCCUGAAAAAUUUGACCCUGAGAGAUUUAGUGAUGAAGCUGUUGCUGCUAGACAUCCAAUGAGCUAUUUACCAUUCGGUGAUGGACCAAGAAACUGUAUUGGAGCUCGAUUUUCACAAAAUCAGAUUAAACUUGGAAUUAUGGCAGUCAUCCGAAAAUAUCAAGUUGAUGUUUGCGAAAAAACUAUACUUCCAUUCCAACAUGAGAAACGUACGUUAAUGUUAAUGAUGAAGGGAGGAGUAAACCUGACAUUUACAAAAGUAGAAUAUUGAUAAGAAUAAUCUACUGAAUCUAUUAUAAGGGUUAUACAUAGUUUUAAUUACUAACGAAUGAAUGGAUACAAUGCAAGAAAACGUUAUCUUUAAUAAUAAUAAUAAUAAUAAUAAUAAUGUUAUUGA